AUGUCGUCGAACGAUUAUUUUCAGCACCCACAGGCCCGCCCCGCGUUCCAGAAGUCUGGAGGUACUCCAAUUGAUGACCAAAGAAAACUAAAUCUGAAAGAGCUUGGGUUGCUACCCAAGAAGCAGUCACAGCAGUCACAGCGCCCGGGCAACGUUCGCAGCCACUCGUCUCAAGCCAUCACACGACCAUCGUACAACACGGCGCUGUCGGCAUCAGCACGACCCGCAUAUCCUCGGCAAAUCUCUGCCAUCAGCACACACUCUCCAUCAGGCCAUCCACACCUGCCGGUGUACAACCCACCUGAGCCCAAGAAAGCCAAAGGCAAGAUCACGCUUCUGAAUCGCAUUGCCAAGCAACAGAGGGAGCGGUUUGCAAAUCAAUAUUACAGUAACGGUACUGCGACAUCUUUCAAUUGGCGGUCAGGACGUCCGAUGGCGGGGAUGCUGGAGAUCGAGAGGUCGCGAACACGGAGAGAACGGACAUUCAUCGGAAGCGAGUGCGCAGUCUGCGAGGAGCCUUUGGAACAUACUCUUCGUGGUGAACGGAUCCUGCAAUUCUCCUGCGGGCAUGUUUCGCACGAAGCGUGCUUCUAUGAGUAUAUCAAGGAGUUCGAAUCACAAUACUGUCCUACCUGCAACGCUCCCCUUGGGCUCGAUACCAGCAGAGGUGGAAAUGUACUUGAUCUAGAAAAACUCAGCAGUAUUGUCCGCUCCGUUUCGAUGAGCAAUGACCGCGACAAUCGCGACAAUCGUGACAAUCAAAUGCGCAGUGCCGGUAGUCAGCGGAAUACACCUGUACCAUGGGAUCCUCAAACGGGUCAGGAACGCCCGAGUAGUCGAGGUUCUGACCACAGGCGUGAUAGCAAGGAUGCACAAACUCAACGAGAGAGAGAAAGAGACACUCGGGAAAGGGAUGCCAGAGAGCAACAACGAGAGAGAAUUGAAAAGUAUGGCGCACCACGUCAAUAUCAUAGCAGGAAUGAGAGCGUCAAUACCGGUGGCUCUGAUGGUUAUGGUGAGCCCCAAGCUCAGGCCUCGGCUGGAAGACGGCAUGACUAUGAUGUUCAGUCUAUGGAGACAGCCUUGAGUAGUCCGAGGACAAGUCUAACCAAGAACCCGAUUCCACCACCGUCGGUCACAGUCAGGAGCGAGUUCCCUACGCUCACGCGCUCCAGACAGCAGCAAAGUCUAACCUGCCUGGUCACCAUAGAAGUUCCUGAAGGCAAAUGGAGGCCAGAUCCAGCUGAUCUACGCGGUGCACCAGUUCAAGCGUCGAUGCAACAGGAGCCUACGAAUUUCACUCGUCCCAAGUCUCCAGCUCAAAGUCAGCAGACGGAAUGGCAGACAGAGUCAAAUGAAGUUUUAGAGGAGAUUACAGAAGAUCUACGCGUGAGAGUUGAUAACUGGCAUGGCCUUGACUUUUCUAGGUUCGGCAAGCUACGUUUAUUUGGCACUGUUCGCGUCGGAAAGGACCGACAAUCCUGGCAAGAGCUGGAAUGUUUUCUUUUUGCCGAAAUGCUCAUUUGCGUCAAGGAAAAGAAAGGGGCACCACCACAGUACGCAGAGGGGAAUUCUAAGAGGAAGCUCACACGAUGCACCUUGAAAGGCUCGAUCCUCAUCAAGAAGCAUCUGAAGCAUGUGGAGGCUAGCUCUGACGAGCCUGUGCUUACCCUAAGCCUCUCGGUUCAAGAUCUCCAACAAUUCCAUUUGCAAUUCCAGAAUCGUCAACAGGUGGAACAAUGGAAGCGAUCAUUGCUGGAUCUCAACGCUACAGAAGCACCUAAAGAGACUCGGGAUUUCGAGCCGGAGAACUCGGGCACGGAUGACGAUGAUUAUCGGACCAUGAAGACAAAGCGAGUCUCAUCCGUCAACUCAUCCUAUGGGCCUAAAUCGGUCAAUACGGCCCCUACAGAAUAUACAGCUUCUGCUAUGGAGCGACCUAUGCAUGACACACGAUUGCCUGCGUCUAUCCAUGUACCUUUGGAUAUCGUCAUUGUCAUUCCAGUUUCUUCUUCCAUGCAAGGCCUGAAAAUUACGCUCUUGCGUGACGCACUCAAGUUUCUCGUACAGAAUCUUGGUGAGCGAGACCGAAUGGGCUUGGUUACCUUUGGCUCCAGCGGCGGAGGUGUACCACUUGUCGGCAUGACUACCAAAACUUGGAAUGGCUGGACAAGGGUUCUCAAUUCGAUACGACCUGUAGGUCAGAAGAGCUUGCGAGCAGAUGUAGUAGAAGGGGCCAAUGUUGCAAUGGACCUGCUCAUGCAGCGAAAAGCCAACAAUCCAAUUGCUACCAUUCUAUUGAUCAGUGAUUCAUCGACUUCAGAUGCAGAGAGCGUUGACUUUGUGGUAUCUCGUGCAGAAGCUGCAAAGGUUGCUAUUCACUCAUUUGGCUUGGGAUUGACCCAUAAACCCGAUACUAUGAUCGAGCUGUCGACCAGGACAAAGGCCUCAUAUACCUAUGUAAAAGAUUGGAUGAUGUUACGCGAAUGCGUCGCAGGCUGUCUCGGUGCCUUGCAGACGACGUCUCAUCAGAAUGUCAAAUUGAAAUUGCGGUUACCAGAAGGCUCACCGGCAAAAUUUGUCAAGAUCUCGGGGGCUUUGCAGAUUACAAAACGCGCCACUGGGAAAGAUGCUGAGGCAACUCUCGGUGAUCUAAGAUUCGGAGACAAACGCGAUAUCUUAGUCCAACUAGUCAUCGCUCCGGACAAUUCCUCUCAAGAACAAUUACCUCAAGACGCUUGGGAGAGCAUCGUGUCAGGCUUGGAGGCGCUCGGUGGUCCUUUUGACUCUGACGAGCAGCGCUCCUUGAGUGUCGAAGAAGUCCCGCUGAUUCAAGCCGACAUUUCGUACGGUGACAUUCUUCGUGAUGGUACUCUCACCCACCCAUCACGCCCUUCACUUCUCGCAAUCACUAUGCUACCAGCCCACCCCAAGACUAAGAAUGGCAAUCGACCUUCGUCACCACCAAUACCCCCGCACCCAAGCAUUGUACAGCGGCGCAUGGAGCUCUUGACCUCAGACAUGCUAACACGAGCGUUGACUCUCGUCUCGCGAGGCCAACAUGAUCGAGCACACCACCUCCUGAAAGAAACUCGUACCAUCCUCAAAGGCCUCGGGAAAGGGGGACUUCCUCCGAUACCCCAGAAUACCACUAAAAUACCUUCAGCCCCACCUAGCAUACAAGGUGAUACACCGGCGCAAAAUGGCAACGCUACACCUCCACCGCCAGAGCGUCAGCCGACCCCGACGUCUGAAGUUGGAGGUAAUCAAUUUGGUGGGAGCGCAACAUCGGGCAUCGACCCGACUACGCUCAACUCGCUAGACACAGAGCUUGAAGCCAGUCUUGAAUGGAUCAAUCACCCCGCCGUCUUUGGCAGGGACAGCAGAAAAGCCGUCCUCCAGGCCAUUGGCGUUAUAGCCAGUCAACGGGGCUAUACCUUCAGAACGCCUGCGGAGGGCCUGUGGGCUGGACGAAUUGGCGGAGUCAAGAGACUCACGAAGUACUCACGAGAAUGGAGAGACGCCGGCGACGAAAGCUUGAUGGAAGAAGCUUAG